CAGGGAGUAAAGUAGGCUCUUUAGACAGUAGGUGGAGGAAAAGAUUUGUUUCUCACAGUCACGUACUAAACAUUUUUCUUGUACGAAUAAAGACUAAACAAUGCCAUAAUUGUUUAUAAAGUAUUCCUCUUUGAUUUGUAGAUUCAAAAUGGCGGCGGGCAGUGUAGACCUGACCGAAGAGGACGCAGCCGACCUGCAGUUUCCCAAGGAGUUUGAGAACGCAGAGACGCUGCUGAUCAGUGAGGUUCAUAUGCUGAUUGUGCAUCGCAAGCAACAGAACGAGAGUGCCGAGGAGGAGCAGGGCUUCUCCAACGUCUUCCAGAAAACCGACACCUAUACGGAACGAUUCCGCAAGUUCAAAAAUAAGGAAACGAUAGCGGCCGUUCGGAACCUGCUGACUCAAAAGAAGUUGCACAAAUUCGAGCUGGCGUCGAUCGCGAAUCUGUGUCCAGAGACCCCCGAGGAGGCCAAGGCGCUCAUUCCCAGUCUGGAGGGCCGAUUCGAGGAUGAGGAACUCAGGCAGAUAUUGGAGGACAUUCAGACCAAGAGAAGUCUCCAGUAUUGAGGAGCUGCAAUGCUCCCGAGAUGUUGUGGAAGUCAAGGACUACCUGAGUUAGAAGAGAAUCCAUGGAUUUAUCAUCAAUAAUUGACGAUCUCUGGACUCAAACAGCUAAUCGUAUGUAUUAUAAUCUCUUGAGCUGGAUCCGUACACAACAGUGACAGUGAAAAUAUAAUUUGCAUGAGUUCUUAUUGGACUGUUUCCACUCAGCCCGGCCGAGCCAGUAUGAAUUAUCCCAUUAGAACGUAUGGGAAUUAUAUUUUCACUGUCACUGUUGUGUACGGAUCCACUUGUAAAUAGUAGGCUACCUUUUAUUAUCUCUAUUUUUUUAGUUUUGUCCGGUCUAGUUUGGUUUUUGUGUACGGAUUAUAUAGUAGGCUACCUUUCAGUUAUUUUUUUUCGUUCAUUAAAGGCCGUUUGCACAGUCAACGCUUGAACUGAAUUUGAUCAGCUGGUGGCUUAAACUAGAAAUGAACCACAUUUUAACGUACGAGCAAAGACCUUAAAGAGAUAUAGACCACUACCACCGUAAACGGAGGUAGUGUAUAGACCCACAAUGCCUAUGCCUUCCCAAUGAUAGCUCUUACUUGAAAUUGAAGGCCGCCAUUGGGGUAUUUUAGCACGAGAUAUUAUAUAUUAUUUAUUUGUAAUACUAUAGAUCACAAAGGCAUUGGUGGCAUUGGUAUUUAAUAAUCUUAUGGGUUGCCCCCUCAAUGGCGGAUUUCAAUUCCAAGUACAACACUAGCGCUGCAUGUGAGUCUAUGCAUCUUUAAGGUCUUUGCGAACGAGAAUUGGAUUUAAUCCAGUCUAAAAUUAAAUUCAGUUUAAACUGAUACUGUGCAAACGGCCCUAACAGUUAUUCAGUUCAUUAACUUUUUUCUAUUUUACAAGACAGAUUUGUACUUUUUAUUUUGUCUAUAAUUUGUCAGCGUAAUUUAUUUUAUUUGAAAUCACUUUUUCAUUUAAUAUGUACAUUAGUAUGAUCAUGCAAAGCUGUGUUGUCCCUGAAGCGUAAUAAUUAGUCUGAUUAGAUUAGAUUUCUUUAUUCAUGUAAGUCACCUGUUUAAACCUUUUUUUAAUAUAACUCCUAUAAGCUCUAAUUGGACUAUUGCUACUCUGUCCGGCCAAGCGUGUAUGAAUAAUCACAUUAAAACGUAUGGGUAUUAUAUAUUUUAUUUUAUAUUUUUUCAAGGAUCAAAUUAAUGUGAACAUUUCAUUACACAUACAUUUUUACUUCAUUAAGAAAUGUGACUUAAAUUGAGAAACAAAAUGAUGAAUAAAUGAAAAGUUGAUAACUAACAAAAAAGUACAGAUAACGUAAAAAUUAUUUGCUUUUUCACCUUUACAAUAUCAAUUAAUGUUUAUAAUAUGAAAAACGUUUACUCCUGCAGACGCGAAAUAGUUAUUUGUAUAUCUAGAGUGAAAA